AUGAACCCCACCCAGACCAAUACUUUCCACCACCGAUGGUCUCAUCACCCCGACGUCGACUAUCACUUCAGCCAUCGCUUCCGCUGGCCUGCUGCCCCGGUCGAGGGCGCCUCCGGUGCUGCCGCCAAUGCCGCUGCUGAGGGCGCUGCAGGCCUUGCCUCUGGUGGCGGGGCUCAACCCCCUCCCCGCGGUCCUUAUGGCGGCUAUCAUCACUAUUACGAGAGAGGGCCGUAUCGUAGAUGGGGAAGAAGGCCUAGCCGUUUCAUUUGGUUUAGCAUCGGUGCCAUCACUGCUACGGUAUGGUACAAGCAUCACCAUGAGCGCAAGAACGACCUCCAAAAGUUCGUCACCGACCCCCAGUGCUGGUCCCCACAUCACCGCACUCUGCCCCCUCCUCCCACCGAAACACCUACUGCUUCAGUGACCCCCGCAGUGCCCUCUCCUGCUCCCUCCGCCACGGAUUCUCUACCGAAGCGAGACUCAUCAUGGUGGUGGGAUGACGAGAAACGCCAUGCGGGCUGGAGAGCUUGGAAAGAGCAAAAGAUGGAGGAGCAUCGUGCCAGGCAUGAAGCCAAGGCUCUCCAGGCUCAGGCGCCCGUUGACACCACUUCUUCUGCCACAUCUGGUGAGACUGCGGAAUUCAAGAGUCUUCGAGAAGCCGUCGAGAAACUCUGGGCGGAAAAGACUGCCGCAGACGGGACUGCGCAGAAGGUCAAUGACCAGGCAAGGGAGUAUGCGAGUGAGAAGCUUGAAAAGCUUAGUGUUGCGCUUGAGAAUCUUCGCGAGUCUUUGAAGGUAGAUGACAAACCCCAGGGUGAUAAGAAGCUUGUGUAG